UUUUUUUACUAUACUACAGACACUAUCGUAGUCGUUAGUGUAUCGGUUUAAUCGAACAGAGUUAAUUAGCAGUAAAAUAUGCUGUCGUCUGUGGUGAAGCAAGUGGUCAAUGCAAUUGUAAAAAAAGUACCAAAUUCGACUAGCAGCAAGCUAGUAUUUAUUUCAGCGACGAGAAACAUGUCAACGAAUUCUGAGGAACAAAAAAUCAACGUCAAAGGGCGGGACAUAAAUUACGUAAAAGUGGGCAGAGGUGCUCAUCCUGUUCUUCUGCUCCCAGGCGCCCUCGGGUCGAUCUGGACAGAUUUCAAGCCUCAAAUUACGAAUUUGGACAAAGAUAAACUGACCAUUGUCGCAUGGGAUCCCCCUGGAUAUGGGAAUUCCCGCCCACCGAACCGGACCUUUGGUGAUGAUUUUUACAGCAGAGAUGCGGACUUUGCUCACGAUUUGAUGAAAGCAAUUGGUUUCGAUAAAUAUUCUCUGCUCGGCUGGAGUGACGGCGGCAUUACCGCACUUUUCUUAGCGGCCAACUACCCCGAGAGCGUUAAAAAAAUGAUCGUAGUUGGUGCCAAUGCUUACAUGUUACCGGAAGAAGUUGAAGUUUAUAAAAGUUUAAGAAACAUAGAUUCUUGGUCCGAGCGUAUGAGAGCUCCAAUGAUAGCUGUGUACGGUGAGGGAUACUUCAGGAGCACUUGGGCCUCGUGGGUUGACGCACUUUCGAGCAUAUAUGAGAAAAACAAGGGAGACAUUUGCAUGAAUUUACUGAAACAAAUUCAGUGUCCAACGCUGAUUGUUCACGGAGCAAAAGACGUCAUGGUUCACAAGGACCAUCCAACGUUCCUCGCAGAAAAUGUCAAGAAUUCAAAAGUACACAUUUUCGAAAAUGGAACUCACACCCUUCACUUGAAAUAUCACGAAGAGUUCAACCGUCUCUCUGAACAAUUUUUGUUGGAAACUGAUUAGGACGGUGAUCGCCAACUUCCAAUAAGAGUCGCUAAGUUUACGUUUCUGAAAAUCGAUGAAAAACAAGAACAAAAAUAUUUUAUUUUAG